GCUCUAGAUAAGCAGAUCGGUCCCUCGGUGUAAACAAGUGGCAAAACAACACGGCCAGAAACAACAAACUGGGCAGAAUAAUUUGUUAGCUUUCAGGAAAACAGCCCAUGUUAUACUCGGAGGGCUGCUUCAAACAUUUAAUUCAUUUAAUUGAAUGAUCUCAAACUUGGAUUAAAAUUAGCGUAUACAGUUGAGCUGGACUGGACCCUAUGAUGUGUUUUGUUUUGUCCCUAUGUUAAAGUGACAACUGUUUGCAACAUACAUCAUGAGAAUCUGGGCAUUGUAGUUCAAUGUUGUAGGAUAGGGUACAAGUAGGUAAUGUACAUGAAAAAAAAGUAGAGGUCUGUCUUUGUCCCUGUGAAUGCUUUUUUGAAAAGCUUAGACUACUAUGUGUGUACUUUGUAUGGGUUUUUUUUUAACCAUGACGUUGUUACCAACUGAUAUUUCUGCGGUGGUGUUUCAGUGUGCUUCACUGUUGGUAGGCACAGCUGACAGCUUACAUUCCUAAACAGAUUCAGUGCUCAUCCACACGGACGCAUUAAGCUUCUGUUAAUUGCACACAGACAUAAUUUCUACAGGGAAUGGUCGUUCCUUCCGACUUGGCAGAUCAGUGUAGCAGGUUUGAAUCACUAUUAUCUCCUUCACGACGGGGAAAAAGCUAAGGAAUGAGGAAAAAUACCAAACAUCCUUCGCUGAUCUUAAGAUGGCCAUUUUUCGCUGACCUUAUUCAUUUGAGGGUUUACUUUGUGCUUUGGUAACUGAAGGGUGUUAUUCAUGUCACUAUGAAGACAGAAUGUCUACCAUUGUGCUUACCAACAACACACAAUACUUUAUUAAUCCUUUAGAGGGAAACAAGAUUCCACCACAUACACUCAUAUGAUGUAACAAUCAAGAAAAAACAACCACCACAGCUUUUUUGCACUGCUGCCAUGUUUACAGUGCCAUUUGCACAGCACUCUAUCACAAAUAACUUGUAUACAACCUAAUUCAAUGUGUUUUAUUUUAUUCUCCCCCCGGCCUUGUCAAAGCUGCAGCCUUCCUUUCGUUUAAAUAUGAUGUGGCUGCCUAUGGUGUUAAUGGCAAUAAAGGUGAAUUGAAUUGACAGUUGGGAAACAAAAAGCCCCUCAGCAUUCAGACCAGAUAUUAGAAGAGGCUGAGCUAAACGGCUUUGGUCUGGCCAGUUGUAAAGAAUCUUUGUCCCUCCACUAAUCUCAUUUUGGUUGUUUACGGCCUCGUACAGGGCUGAAUACUCAGAAAAUAAUUUGGUUGUAAGUAAAGGCACUGCCAAGGGGUGAAACCGGGCAAGAGCCGCUUCACCGCACUCUCAUUUUUAGAUAAAAAGUACGCUCAGCGUCAGGUCGAGGAAUGCAGAGAAGAUAAAAAGGCCUGUAUGUUUUGCGACUCAAAAUACAAUUCACGUUUGUUAUCCUUCAAACAUCCAAGAAGCCAGCAGUGUUGAGCAGAGAGCUAGGUGACUGUACCAGGCAGUUCCUCCUACUCUGAGGACUGUGACGGCAUCUGCUUUGUGGGCCACUAUUUUCACCGGCCUUGAUUUGUCCCUACCCCUAACCCUAGCCUACAUAUCCUACUUUUUCACUGAAAUGGUCGCGCUACAACAACAAGUCCAUGCAGUUUCCUCCCCAAUCAGCCUUAAUAUCGUGCAGCCCAAGCCUCGGCAGGAGACCUCAUGAUAGGCUAAUGGGUAAAGCGUGAUCCAGUAGGGCCAUGACCAGAUACAGACCUAGUGGUCAGGCUAUAAGGACACUGCCGCCAUUGCGCUUCUCGUUGUCUUUUCAUUUCUGCAAAUCGGCUUGUCAUUUCCACGGUCAUGAGAUGUUGGCCGUCCGUUGCUCAACACGUUAGGAGCCACUGCCCGACGGGAUUCGGUACACCUUUUUUUUGUUUUUCUUUAUUCACAUACGCAGAGUGAAUCAUUUGUGGAUUUGUUUUUGCCCCACGGGGAAACAGUUGCACUUCUGUUGCCCUCAGCUGAAGAAGGAGGGAGAAGGGAGCUCUGGGGGUGGGGGUGGGGGAAUGGUUAAGCAACAGCACGCCGCUGACUUCCCAGCCUCUGCUCUCCUUUUCUCUUCAUACUCAAAAGGACUACUUCCAUAUUUCUGAAACCCAAAGAGGAUCGCGGCCGACGCCAAGCUCAGCUGUUCGGACCUUCAUGGGGGACUUUGAGAAGAUUUGGCGGGAGCACUGCGAGGAUGAGCGCACCCUCAGCGAGUACGCACUGGCCAUGAAGAACCUGGCGGACCACCACUGGGCCAACAAGUGCGAGGGCGAAGGACGCAUCGAGUGGUGUCGCAGGGUUUGCCAGGAGUAUUUCCUGGACGGUGGGAUGAAGAGAAUGCUUGAGAAGGAUGAAAAGAACGCCCGACUGGCUGCGGUGCAGGCCGCAGUGUCCCUCAGUGCCCAGCCUAGCGCCCCUUUACCCAGUUCUGUGCCUCACAGGGGGAAGAUGCGCCUGCUGGACGUGGGAAGCUGCUUCAACCCCUUCCUGGAGUUUGACGAGUUCCUGACGGUCGGUAUAGACAUCGUGCCUGCAGUCGAGAGUGUGUACAAGUGCGACUUCCUCAACCUGCAGCUCCAGCAGCCCCUCGAGCUGGCGGGCGACGCGGUGGAGGCCUUCCUCCGCCUGCUCCGCAGCCCCAUCGACGCCCUGCCGGCGCAGCUGUUCCACGUGGUGGUCUUCUCCCUGCUCCUCUCCUACUUCCCCUCGCCCUACCAGCGCUGGAUCUGCUGCAAGAAGGCCCACGAGCUGCUGGCGCUGCACGGCCUGCUGCUGAUCAUCACGCCCGACUCCUCCCACCAGAACCGCCACGCCCUCAUGAUGCGCAGCUGGCGCGUGGCGGUGGAGUCGCUGGGCUUCCGGCGCUGCAAGUACGUCAAGUUCGCCCACAUGCACCUGCUGGCGUUCCGCAAGGUGUCGCUGGCCACCAGCAGCGACCUGGUGUCGCAGAACUACCCGGAGAUGCUCUACAUCCCACAGGACUUCAACGCCGCCACCGACGAGGACGACGGCGGCGGGGAGGCAGAGCCUCCGCCACCGCCGCCGCCCCGCUCGGAGCUGGAGGACGACCAGCUGGCGUGGGGCUUCGCCGAGCUGCCCGACGCGCCCUGCGACUCUGACUCCUCGGGGGACAGCCAGAGCGGCUCGGUGCCGGGCUUCCACGAGCUGGAAGACCCCAUCCUGCUGCAGAGCUAGGCUGGGUUGAAGUGACCACGACCACCACCACCACCACCACCACCACCACCACCACAAGGUGUCGUCUCCCCCCCCCCUCCCCCCUUGUCUCUGAAGCGUGUCUUCUACUGCUGCGCUGCCAAAUGAAAACUGCUGCAUUUUAUCUUCUCCCAUGUCACCCUCCCCCCUGAAACAAUGCAGUUUGCACAGAACGAAAGAAAGAAGUUUACAAAUUAUUUUGUCAUAUCAAGACAUGAACACAAACACACACACACAUAUGCAAACACGCACACACACACAUAUACAUUACAUACGAUGAGAUUGAUAUAUUUUAAUAAAUAGCUAGGUUUUAUAAGAGCGUCAAGAUAUUGAGCUGCCCCACUCCCAUUGUUGUUGCCAUUUCAAGUCCUAUUGCACAUGCGCUUGUUUUAGAAAAAAAAAAAAAACGUUUAACAAGCUUAUAGGGCAGACUUCACUAGUGCAAGAGUCCAACAAAAAAAGCUUUCAGUGUGAGAUUGUAAUGGAGGCUAUAGAUGAGUGACUGAUGAUAGAAUCUUUAUCACAGUGUCAUUCCUGCACCUAGAUUUUCUUGAAAUUCAAAAAAUGUCUUGUGUGCAUCGAAAAAACAAAAACAUAAGUGCUUUGCUAAAAGUAUGAGAAUCUCAAAGACCCGACGCAUUGCGCGUUGUGCAGUAUAAAAUGGAACACCGUUUUAUUUAAUAUGGCAUUCAUUUUAUGUCUGAAUUUGUAUGUUUUACAAUAAAGCUGUGUUUGUAGCAUUUUUUAAAGUUUCAGAACCACGCGCUAGGAUUGUGUUCUAGAUGUACUAUUGUGAAACUGCAAAUGUAUUUUACUCUGUGGCGAAGGUACGAGAAUCUCUACUAACCUUCCACCUUCUUGCUGUUCUUAGAAAUAGUAACAAUAUAAAAUAGUUUCCUAGUAGAAUUUAAUAACUUUUGUGUAGUCAAGUAAAAGAGAAGCACAUUACUUCAAAUCAGUAUCUAUAGAUGUAAACGGUAUAUUCUUUGAGACUAUUUCAUAACCUAAUGUGGAAAUUCUUGCUCAUGCCUUAGGUUAUAACCUUUUGAUCAGAACUUUGUAAAUUCAAAGUACUUCAUAGUAGUGGUGGGAUAUGUGCCAAUUAGCUUGUUUCGUAAUAUUUCUUAGUCAUAAACAAGCCUUAGAGGCAAAUUUAUGUUAGCAACAGCCAACAAAAUCUAAUCUUUGAUAGAAAAAAAAACACUAGCUUGAAAUGUUGUGUGAAGGCCUGUACUGUGUUCCCUUUAACAGGCACAAGUGGCUGAAGUUGUGUGUGUUAAAUAAGAGUGAUUGUUGAAUUUUGAAUACAUGCUGUCACAGCUUGCUGAUAGCGCUUUACUUUUAAUAUCUACAAGGGUACUUUGAGGCCGAUUCAUCUCCGUGUCCUAAACAUGACCGUGUUCAUUAUAGAAUAUCCAAUCUUCUGAGGUGCCUUCUCCAUGUUUUUGUUGGGAGACUAUUCACACCCCCUUGAAAAGUAUUUAUGAAUAUAUGAACACCCUUUGUGAAAUUCUACGUUGUCCAAAGUUGAUUGUUAAAAUAUAUUGUUGGUUUACAGGAUAGGUUUUCCGCAUUUAAUAACUACUACUGCAUUCCCUCUGGUCUUUCGCCAGCAAAUACGAAUUUCUCUGCUGAUAUCACCUGUAUUUUCACUGUACUGACGAGAGAAAAAAAGUGAUCUUAUUUUGUGAUAAGUGGUUGCAUUUGUCUUCCAGUGUUGACAUUGGUCCGCUUGCAUUACAACAAUGCUUUACAAAGUAUUUCGACAUUGCAGAACAAGGUGUGCUUAUGGUUCCAUUUUUAUAAAGUAUUGUACAUGUCA